AUGGCCGCUAUUGUCGGCUGCUUUGUAUUCGCCGUGUUGAAGACGAGCAGUUUCAUUUCUUUCUUUCUUUCUUUCUUCCUUCCUUUAUUUCUUUAUUUCUUUCUUUCUUUCUUUCUUCUUUUCUUUCUUUCUUCCUUUCUUCCUUUCUUUCUUUCUUUCUUUCUUUCUAUUUAUGCUUGUUUUUUGUUUCUUUAUCCUGUUUGUUUUUUAUUUCUUUUUUCUUCCUUCCUUCCUUCCUUCUUUCCUUCCUUCCUUCCUUCCUUCCUUUCUUCCUUCCUUCCUUCCUUCCUUUCUUUCUUUCUUUCAUUCUAUCUUUCUUUCUUUCUUUCUUUCUUUCUUUCCUUCUACAUUUCUCGUAUUUCUUUUUCUUUGUCUUGUUUGUUUGUUUAUUAUUAUUAUUAUUAUUAUUAUUAUUUUCUCUCUCGCUCUCACUUUCUUUCUUUCUUUUUUCCUUUCUUUCUUCCUUUCUUUCUUACUUUCUUACUUUCUUGCUUUCUUCCUUUCUUUAUUUCUUUCUUUCUUACUUUUUUCUUUCUUGCUUUAUUACUUUCUUUCAUUCUAGCUUUCUUUCUUUCUUGCUUUCUUUCUUGCUUUCUUUCUUUCUUACUUGCUUCCUUACUUUCUUUCUUUCUUGCUCAGGGUCUGAUAUUUUCGCGUUCUUUUUUUUCUUUAUCCGGAUUAUUUUUUGUUCGCUCUUUUUUUUUCUUUCUUUCUUUCUUUCUUUCUUUCUUUCUUUCUUUUUCUCCAUUUUUUUUUUACUUAUUUCUUAACCCUGUUUGUGUCUUGAUUCUCAUUUCUUUCUUAUAUUCUUCCUGCAUAAUGUUUCUUUCUUUGUCUUGUUUCUUUUUUAUUUUCUUUCGUUUCUUUUUUUUUUCUUUAUUCUUCGAUGUUUCUUGUUUCAGCAUUCUGUUUGAUUUUUUUUUCUUUCUUUGUUUCGUUCUUUUUGCCUUUCUUCGUAAAGUUGUUUGUUCCUUGAUUUUUUUCCUUUCUUUUUCUAUACAAUUUCUUUGUUUCUCGCUUCCUUUUUCUUCUUCCUCUUUUUUUCUUCCUUUAUUCCCCCCAUCGGGGUAUUCAUUCCUUUCUGUCACGCUUUUUUCUUUCUUUCUUUCUUUCUUUCUUUCUUUCUUUCUUUCUUUCUGUUAUGUUCUGUCCACUUUCUUUCGUUCUGUUGUAUUUUCUGUAACCUGUCUGUUCUUUUCUUUUUCCUUUCUUUUUCUGUUCAAUUUCUUUACUUCUUUUGUUUCUCUUUCUUUCUUUCAUUCUUCCUUUCUUUCUUUCAUUCUUCCUUUCUUUCUUUCUUUUUUCUUUCUUUCUUUCUUUUUUCUUUCUUUCUUUCUAGCUUAUCUGUCUUUGUUCCUUUAUUUAUUUCGGCUCACUUUAAAUUUCUUCCAUUCUUUCUUUUCCUUGCUCGUUUAUUUCUUUUCUUCUCUUUCAAGUUUCUUUCCAGUUUCUUUCUUUGUUCAAUUUCAUUCUUUCUUUCUUUCUUUCUUUCUUUCUUUCUUUCUUUCUUUCUUUCUUUCUUCCCUUUAUUCAUUCUGCCUUUAUUUCUCUUUCCAGUUUCUUUCUUUCUUUGUGCAGUUUAUUUCGUCCUUUGUCGAUUCCCUUCUUUCUUUCUAUCUUUCUUUUUUUCUUUAUUUCUUUCUUUCUUUCUUCAUCUAUUUCAUUCUUUCUUUCUUUGAACAGUUUCUUUACUUAUUCCACAGUUUAUUCAUUUCUUUCUUUCCUUUUUUUAUUCUUUCUUUCUUCGUUCCCUUUGUUCCUUUCUUUCUCUGUCUACUUUCUUUCUUUCAUCGCUUUGUUCUUUGCUUUCUUUCCUUCUUUUUUCUUUCUUUUUUUCUUUUUUUCGUUCCUUUUGUUCCAUUCUUUCUUGGUCUAGUUUCUUUCUUUCUUUCUUUCUUUCUUUCUUUCUUUCUCUUUCUUUCUUUCUUUCUUUCUCCGUUCCGUUUCUUCUUGCUUUCUUUCUUUCUUUUUUUCUUUCUUUCUUUCUUUCCUUCUUUCUUUCUUUCUUUCUUUCUUUCUUUCUUUAUUCCUUUCUUUCUUUCUUUCUUUCAUUCUUUCUUUAUUAUUUCUUUCUUUCUUUCUUUCAUUCUUUCUUUCUCUCUUCCUUUCUUUCUCUCUUCCUUUCUUUCUUUCUUUUUUUCUUUCUUUGAUUUUUCUUUCUUUCAUUCUUUCUUUAUUCCUUUCUUUCUUUCUUUCAUUCUUUCUUUCUCUCUUCCUUUCUUUCUUUUUCUUUUUUCUUUCUUUCAUUUCUUUCUUUUCUUUCAUUCUUUCUUUAUUCCUUUCUUUCUUUUCUUCUUUCUUUCUUUUUCUCUCUUCUUUCUUUCUCUCUUCCUUUUCUUUUUUUUUUUUUUUUUCUUUCAUUUUCUUUUUUUUCUUCCUUUUCUUUCUUUCUUUCUUUUUUCUUUCUUUGAUUCUUUCUUUCUUUCAUUCUUUCUUUAUUCCUUUCUUUCUUUCUUUCAUUCUUUCUUUCUCUCUUCCUUUCUUUCUUUCUUUUUUCUUUCUUUCAUUCUUUCUUUCUUUCAUUCUUUCUUUCUUUAUUUUCUUUCUUCUUUUCAUUCUUUCUUUUCUUCCUUUCUUUUCUCUUCUUUUUCUUUCUUUCUUUUUCUUUCUUUCAUUCUUUUUCUUUUUUAUUCUUUCUUUCUCUUCUUCCUUUUCUUUCCUUUCUUUCUUUUCUUUUUUCUUUUUGAUUCUUUUUUCUUUCUUUCAUUUCUUUUUUUUCUCUCUUUCUUUCUUUCUUUUCUUUUCUUUCCUCUUUCUUUUCUUUUUUUUUUCUUUCAUUCUUUCUUUCUUUCAUUCUUUCUUUCUUUCUUUCUUUUUUCUUUCAUUCUUCUUUCUCUCUUCCUUUCUUUCUCCCUUCCUUUUCUUUCUUUCUUUUUUUCUUUCUUUCAUUCUUUCUUUUUCUUUUCAUUUUUCUUUAUUCCUUUCUUUCUUUCUUUCUUUCAGUCUUCCUUUCUUUCUUUUUUUUUUCUUUCUUUCAUUCUUUCUUUCUUUCAUUCUUUCUUUUUCUUUCUUUCUUUUCUUUCAUUUUUUUUCUUCUUCUCUUCCUUUCUUUUUCUCUUCCUUUCUUUUUUUCUUUUCUUUUCUUUCUUUCUUUCUUUUCAUUUUUUCUUUAUUCUUUCUUUUUCUUUCUUUCAUUCUUUUCUUUUCUCUCUUCCUUUCUUUCUCUUUCCUUUCUUUCUCUCUUCCUUUCUUUCUUUCUUUUUUUUCUUUCAUUCUUUUCUGCCUUUAUUCCCUUUCUUUCUUUUUUUUUUCAUUUUUUCUUUCAUUCUUUCUUUCUCUCUUCCUUUCCUUUUCUUUUUCUUCCUUUCCAGUUUCAUUCUUUCUUUCUUUCAUUCUUUCUUUCUCUUCCUUUCUUCUUUUUUUUUUUUUUUCUUUCAUUCUUCUUUUCUUUAUUCUUUCUUUUUAUUCCUUUCUUUCUUUCUUUCAUUCUCCUUUCUCUCUUCCUUUCUUUCUCUCUUCCUUUCUUUCUUUCUUUUUCUUUCUUUCUUUUUCUUUCUUUCAUUCUUUCUUUUUUUCAUUCUUUUUUUUUCCCGGUUUUCUUUCUUUCUUUUUCUUCCUUUUUUUCUUCCUUUUUCUUUCUUUUUUUUUUCUUUUCUUUCAUUCUUUCUUUCUUUCAUUCUUUCUUUAUUCCUUUCUUUCUUUCUUUCAUUCUUUCUUUCUCUCUUCCUUUCUUUCUUUCUUUUUUUCUUUCUUUCAUUCUUUCUUUCUUUCAUUCUUUCUUUAUUCCUUUCUUUCUUUCUUUCAUUCUUUCUUUCUCUCUUCCUUUCUUUCUUUCUUUUUUCUUUCUUUCAUUCUUUCUUUCUUUCAUUCUUUCUUUAUUCCUUUCUUUCUUUCUUUCAUUCUUUCUUUCUCUCUUCCUUUCUUUCUCUCUUCCUUUCUUUCUUUCUUUUUUCUUUCUUUCAUUCUUUCUUUUCUUCUUUCUUCCUUUUAGUUUCAUUUCUCUUUUUUUUCUUUCUCUCUUCCUUUCUUUUCUUUCUUUUUUUUCUUUCUUUCAUUCUUUUCUUUAUUCUUUCUUUAUUCUUUCUUUCUUUCUUUCUUUCAUUCUUUCUUUCUCUUCCUUUCUUUCUCUCUUCCUUUCUUUCUCUCUUCUUUUUUCUUUUUUUUUUUUUUCUUUUCAUUCUUUCUUUCUUUCAUUCUUUUUUUUUUUCACUUCUUUUUUCUUUCUUUCUUUCUUUCUUUUCUUUCUCUCUUCCUUUCUUUCUCUCUUCCUUUCUUUUCUUUCUUUUUUCUUUCUUUUUGAUUCUUUCUUUCUUUUCAUUCUUUCUUUAUUCCUUUCUUUUUUCUUUCAUUUUUUCUUUCUCUCUUCCUUUUCUUUCUCUCUUCUUUUUUUCUUUCUUUUUUUUCUUUCUUUGA